CCUGAUAUCUGGUAAAUCUCAUCUUCUAGUUCCGUGCUCUGUUAACAACGGAAACCAUGGCAAGACUUCUUUCUCUCUCUACUUUCCCUUCCUCUCUCCUACUUCCCUCAAACCGCCUCUUCUCCUCCACCCGAGGUCCCUAUAAAGCUACUCCAUCCUCUUUCUCCCGCUACCCCACCGUCCGAUGCCGAAUGAACCGUACCGGAAACUCAACUUACUCCCCACUCAACUCAGGAAACUCGAAUUUCAGCGACCGUCCGCCCACGGACAUGGCCCCACUGUUCCCUGGAUGUGACUAUGAACACUGGCUUAUUGUUAUGGACAAACCCGGUGGUGAAGGUGCCACUAAACAGCAAAUGAUUGAUUGCUAUGUUCAAACUCUCGCUAUGGUCCUUGGCAGUGAAGAGGAAGCGAAGAAGAAGAUUUACAAUGUUUCCUGUGAGAGGUACUUUGGAUUUGGAUGUGAAAUUGAUGAAGAAACAUCUACUAAGCUGGAAGGGUUGCCUGGAGUUCUGUUUGUUCUCCCAGAUUCAUAUGUUGAUCCUGAACACAAGGACUACGGUGCUGAGUUAUUUGUGAAUGGAGAGAUUGUCCAGAGGCCACCUGAUAGACAGAGAAGGGUGGAGCCACAACCACAAAGGCAUCAAGAUAGACCAAGAUACAAUGAUAGAACAAGGUAUGUCCGGCGCAAAGAAAACAUGCGAUGAAGUAGAUUUCGAUAAUAAGAAAGGGAAAGAGAGAGGGGAAGAGAGAGAUGCUAUGAAAGCGUGAAGAUUGCAAGCAGUAUUAUUGUCCAGCUUGCAUGCCUAUAACUAAUUUGUUCAAUGUUCUAUUGGUAAAUAAAUAUGUUUGUAGUUGAACCAAUGUCAUGUAAACUUUUUAUUCUUGUAUCAAAUGUAUUCUACUUUAUCAUUUUUCUUACAAAAGUGUAUGACAUAUUUUUUUUCCUCAAAAAGUGUAUGACAUAAAGUAUGUAUAAUUGUUUUCGGCGACAUAAAA